CGUUCAUUUCUAUGUAGCCUACAAAGCAUCCUAAUGCCCCGUUCAUUUCUAAUACACAUUUGACUAAUAAUGUUGCAUCAAAUAUAUUAAUAUUGUUACCUGAGAACGUGGUGGAUCCAUCUUGCUUCGUUGAAAACGUCGAGUCACUUUCAACCAAUAAGAUGCCAUGUAAGAGGUCGCGUUUUCAUUGGCCCGCCGUGGAAGCCUAUCCCUGAUUGGUUGACUACUUUUGACAGCCUAUAAUGCCUGGAACACGCAGGAGGACCUCUCGAGAGCAAGAGUACCAAAGGAUUCGUGGACGCAAGGCACGCAUUUUGAGUGCGCACACGCUCACUGAGCGAGAGGAGAGAAAAUUCAUAAGAGAGCAGCGUAUAAUUGAAAGCGCGCGUCCAGUUUUGUGCACGAGCAAAGGAAAUCGGCGUGCGAGCGGAGAGAUUCGUAUGACAAGAAUGCGCUCUCGCCUUGUAAUAAUGCGCUCGCGACAUUUGUCAUUAUAAUAACGCCAUACUCGUCCCUCCUCUCCACGUGCCUGCUCACAGGAUUGGCGUCACUCGCGUCCGGCGGUGGGUUUGACAGAAUCUCUUGCCGCUAUUGAUGUGGAGAUGUGUCAAUCAUUCACGUGGGCGUUCCUCCUCAGGAGGCGGGGUUUAUCGCAGGUGGAGCUGUCAGUCGGCAAUGCUGAUGAAGGACGGAGUGGAGGAGGUUUUACAGCCCGAGCUUGAGACGACCAGAAAAAGUGCAGGCAGGCAGAGGUAACGUGGCUCGGCCACGCUGGGUGGUCGUCCUCCGUGUCGGCGAGAUGACGGGACGCCCAGACUGCACCUGGACAGGUAGUUAGGAGUGUGUUCUCCCCUGCACAACGACUCGUCAAAUAUUCGGGACCAGGAAUACAGUAGUACUGAAAAUUACUGAGGCCCAGGAUGCCCAAGGAACCAAGGGGGGAUGGCCAAGGGUGUGUAGGGGAGAGAGAACGCGCCCCUCACCCAGCCAGUAAAAAUGCUAAGGACAAAAGCAACAGCGCCACCCUGUUGGCCUCUAGAGGAAGAGGACACAGAGAACAGCAGACUAAUGGACGUGACUCCCGCUGCUCUGAGAAAGACUCUGGUUACUCAGACACUGGCUCAGACUCCUUGCAGACAGAUGCAGAUGACCAGCAGAGCAGUGUCAAUGAGCCUCAGGUUAGCAAGCGUUUGGGUGGAGUGGAGCAGGGCCCCCUACAGGAAAAUCACAACCAGGUGCCUAGGACCCCUGAACUCACCCCCAUAUUUAUCAUAAAAAAUGUGGUGUUAAAACAGCCUGGGCAGUCUGGCUUGAAAGAACACAUCCUCCCUUCAUCUCUGUCCUGGGGAGGAGGUGCUACAGACAGUCAAGGUCCCACCCACAUUCUCCUGCUACAACAGCCUGGCAUUAAUCAAAGCUCCCCGUUGCACAUCCUCAAACCCCAGCCACAGAGGACCGAGGGCAAGGGUAGAAAGAAGAGCAAAAACACUUACCUCCCCAUCCUAAAUUCUUACCCUCGCAUCGCCCCACACCCGACUAAGAAAACUCCAGAGAAAACGUCGACCAGCAGGGGCAGGACCACUGAGGAUCACUGCCUGAGUAAGCGAGUAUGUACAGAGGACAAGCGAGAGGAAGUGUCCACAACCACGCAAGCAUCCAAGCAGCACAAGCAGCAAGAGUCCAACACGCUGUUGCGAUCUCAUAACCUCUCGGGCCUUGAGACAUUUCCUGCUUCUCAUCCGCACCGAAGCCCCUGUCGCCCAUCUAGUCCCCCCGCCUCCCUUAGCGUGAGCUCUCCAUCAGUCUCCAGUACUCAGACUCCUUCCCCGCCCUCCUCCAAUGACCCAACUACGCCUCAAUUCCAGGCAAGAAAAGAGUCCCAUAAGAAUUGCCAAGGAUCAUCCGGUGACUCCGGCAGAGGAUUAAAAAGCCCGGACGGGACAGGACGUCAUCGACGCUUCCUCAACACAGUGGAGAUUCUGAGCCAGUCGGGACUGCUUGAUAUCACCCUGAGGACUCAGGAUCUGCUGCGCCAGAACGCCGCUACCGAACAAGACAUAGCCCAGCUCAGACAACACGCCCAGCUACUUUGCCAGGCCGCCCAAGAAGGUGAUGACACACUGGCUGUCUGGGAGAAGCUCCAUCAGGUCAUGGCUGACUCUGGGCACUAUCCCAGCCUCAAGUGCCUCUGUACAGACAGCAGUGAUGGAGGGGGACGAUCUCAAUCAAAAGUGGAGGUAGAGGCGGCCACCAGCGCCAAACAUGAUACCCAUGUCAUAUAUGGAUAUGGACUUAAUGGGACUGAAGAGGUGGCACCCCCAUCUCCUCUCCUUGCGCCCAUGCCUGAUGCAGAAUGCCAUUCAAGUCCAGAGCAAAGCCGGGUUCAUAGAGGAGUGUCAGGUCCCCCAGAGGAGCCCAUAAUGCCUCCAGAUAGCUCCACACAUGGACACCUGAAUUAGACUGCACUCAGACAUCUGUUGAGCAUUAGGCCGUCACAGCGGGGUACAAUACCUUCUUAAAGCUCUUUCAAUCGUAAAUUCAGACGUGUUAUGUCAUCGUCCCACGGUUUUCUGGUCUCCAACUCAGGGCUAGGCUGAUGGAUGGCUGCUUGACAAAGAUGUGUACCAUCAAUCUAUUAGUCAUGUUUCCACUCAUCUGCAUCUUGUUCAGAUGUUCAGAGAGAUGUUUCAGAGAGACUUGUUGUAGCUAUGUCAAUGUGACAUCAACUCGCCCCAAAACCAAGAACAUCUUCAGGUUUCAAGCAGCUACUGCGUUUUUGAUUGCAACACUUCAUUAACAGCUGGAGUAAUCAGACACAACAAUCUCUUUCCUACUUUAUGAUGCUUUAAGUUGAAUUUACUGAUAGAGUUUGUCGAGUUUAAUCACUUUUUAAAAGCAUGCUCAUCUUGACAAAGAACAUUGUCAGCUUGUGAUGAGAUCGCAUCUGUGAGGCCUACUCACAUUAAGAGCUACAUUAAGGAAUAGUGCACGAAUCUCCAGAAGUCAAAUGUGGAAUAUGGAGAUUCAACACUUUGACCUGUACGCACAUGCAAGGACGCUAACAGCUGGAACUGUGUGAGAACUUAUUUUCUAUGCAGUAUGCGUUUCAUAAAUCUCAAUACAUUGAUCUGCUGGCAACAGUGGACCAAGGCACCCAUUACUCAAGUCUUCGAAAUUGGGUUCCCUUUGAGAUGAAGGGUCAGAUUUGAGUUUUUAUGUGAAUUGUAUUUCAUUUGUUUGAUCGCAGAGUCUAUCGUGACAUGUUUUGUGUUAAUAGUAUUUUGUGCCAGCCUUAAGGUAUUCUGCAACAUGUUUUGCAUUUCUUUCCCAUUAUUCAUCACGUAUGUUGGCACACUUUGAUAUGACAUGGCACUACAUAUCUGUGGUAUAAUUCCAUUCUAUAUUUUCUGAGUAGGGCUGUCACAAUAUUCGAUUUUCACCACACGAUUAUUGUGGCUAAAAGAAUUCACAAUAUCUAAUGAAUAAAAAUAAAUAUUGCUAUCAGGAAAAUCCAUCUUUAAGUUCGUUUAUGUUGUGUUUUCUCGUCAAUGAAUCACAUUGAAAAUACAAGUGUAUAGAGGCAAAGAGAGAGAGUUUGUAACUUUUGUGGCUCAAAUUGUUAAACAAAACCACCACCUACUAUGUUAAAGUGUCAACCAGAUACUGAUGCUGGAUUCUUAUUUAUUGGAUCAUGUUGUUAACAUGAUAUUUAUCAUUAUUAGUAUCACGGUUAUUGACAAUACCACGGUGACAGCCCUAUUUCUAUGUCAUUGGAUGCUGUAUAUGAAUGCAGUAACUGAUCUUUGUCUAAGGAAGUUGACAAAGUUAUAUAAACCAUCCACCCUUGUGUUUAUUUAUAAAAUGUUUUUACAGAUUUUGAUUUUAGAUAGCAUAUUACUUAGCAUAUUUUACCAUAUUCAACAGGACUUCACAGACCUCACAUCAAAAUUCAAAAAUGACAAAAAAGAAAAUACCUGCACAUUCCCUCUGGGCCACAGUGAAAGGUUUUAUAGCAUAUGAGUUCUUGAUUAUGAGUGAUUGAUUUAAUCUAAUUUAGUAUAUGUUCCAUGUCAUAGAUUUUGAAGGUGCACACAACAAUGAUUUGAAUUCUGCUCCAAAUAAAUGACAGUAACAUAUGUCUGCUCUGA